AUGACCGCUGUCACGGCUGUGACCAAAACAAAGCGCCGCGAAUCGCUUGUGACAAUUGGCAUGCCGGCAUACUCACAGUCGCGUCCUCUGCCCGCAUCCGGGCGAGGAAGUAAGAAGGAAGGACGAACGACGCGACUUAGUGCGACGCAGCAGGGGCUGGAAGAGAUUACAAGUAACGAUAGUAAACGCAAAGCUGAUUACGAUGAGGAUUCCGAUGGGUUCCUAUUCACUCGAGUACCGCAAAAAAAGUCGAAGCCGUCAGUGGAUCCAGCGCUAGAAAAACUACAAUCAGAAUCGGAAAAUGCACCUCCAAAAUCAACACCACGGCGAGGUCGGCCGAAGAAACAGAAAGUUGGAGACUCUGCGACACCUUCGACGGAGACAGUGCGUGGACUUCCGACCAGAUCGACGAAGGGAGCUGGAAAUACGGGAAAUGCCGAAUCAGUAUCGAAAUCAGCUAAUACGGCGCGCUCAUUACCAACUCACGACACGACUCCAGAUGCUCCUCCAAAAAAUAAGAGCAAGAGAGGACGACCUCAUAAGAGACCGAGCGACGCGAACGGGGUCACUCCACAAAGACCUGAGGGGACGAAGAUUGCCUUACCACCAGCUGAUACCCCUGUCAUCGAGCGGAAUAAAGAGUUAAGAGGAGCUAAAGGAAAAGGACGACGGCGAAGCAGUGUAGCGAUGCGAGGACGGAGAGCUAGUUCUCUGAUUGACUCGGGGACUUCAAAUGCUUUACCACAUCGAGAAGUUGGCACAGCUGAUUUCUAUAAACACAUUGCCGAUGAGGGUCUCCCUGAACCGCGAAGGAUGCGUCAGCUUCUUAUAUGGUGCGCAACACGCGCAUUGGGCAACAAGCCGGCAGUGGCUGAUGCUGAAGAUCAGAGCUCGCGUCUAGCAGCUCGUGUCAUUCAAGAGGAGUUGCUAAAUGAAUUCUCGUCCAAUGCCGAUCUUUCCAACUGGUUCAAUCGUGAAGAUGUCAACCCCCCGAAAGUGGUCGUGAAAAAACCGAAUCCAAGAAAUGUACAGAACACUGAUAAAAUCAAACAACUGGAAGAGCAAAUACAAAAACUCCAAAAGGAGAAACAGUCUCUGAACGCACUUCUUAAACAACCAGCAAUUCCUCCCAUCACCGAACCGGACCUCCAAGAUUCAACAAAAUCAAAACAACCACGCAAAUCAUCACCCGACCAUAUAAAUCCCUCUCUCCUUGAUCCUUCUCAACAUCAUAUUCUCGCAUCCCUUCAACCUUCAGCAUCGAUAUCAGAAGGAGACUCUUCAAUACGACCACCCAUGAGCCCAUCUACAGUUUCCGCACGUCUAUCUAAAACAACGUCUAAACUUGCUCCAACGCUAGACACAUUCGCUGACGGCAUCCACGACAUCGAGCUAUAUCGAUCAACCGCGGAUGCCGUGUCAUCACGAAUACUACGCAUAUGCGCCGAGCGUCUUGAAGAGCGCGACGCUCAAAGACAACUACAGCUCCUGUCGAUGGAAAGCGAAGACAGUGACCAGCAAGUAAGGACAAUACGAAAAGAGCGGCCUCGAGAAGACAUAGGCUUGAUUCUAGGGGCACUAAGUCGAGUCGAGAGACGAUAG